AUGUCUGAGCAAAUGUCUGCCCCCCGCAUCACGGCGUCGUACCUCGACAGCUUCGUCGGGCGCGUCGUCACCAUUGUCGGCACCGUGACGCAGCUGCGCGGCGAUCAGGCGACGAUUGACGCUGACGGCAUUGUCACCAUCUUGUUGAACCGGGAUGCUCACCUUGUGAAUGGCAAUGCGGCGCAGAUUAUUGGCAAGGUCAAUCCUGACUUGUCCAUCAAGGCGCUGAGUACCCGCGAUGUCGGCUCCGGCGUUGACAUGACCCUCUGCUCCGCCGUCGCAGAACUCACCCACCGCCACAAGGAAAUCUUCGUCUCCGACAACUGA